AUGGUAUUAGAGCCAGGUUUCAUGAGACAAAACUUAAUCUCAAACACAGUUUUCGCGGAUCCAACUGUUAAUCUGAUAUUUCUGCAAUCUGUUAAAUCUGACGAUUCCCUUCAGUCUAUGAGUGUGAGGUUGGAUGGAAAGAAUUAUUCGUAUUGGAGUUACGUGAUGAGAAAUUUUCUUAAGGGUAAAAAGAUGUGGGGAUUCAUUAGUGGAAUUUCUGUGAAACCUGAGAAUACCAAUGAGGGUUAUACUGCUUUGAUAGAUGCUUGGGAAUCAAAUAAUUCAAAAAUUAUUACUUGGAUUAAUAACUCUGUGGAGCAUUCCAUAGGUAGAGAGUUGGCGAAGUAUGAGACAGCAAAGGAGGUUUGGGAUCAUCUGCAAAGAUUAUUCACUCAGUCAAAUUUUGCAAAGCAGUAUCAAUUGGAGAAUGAUAUACGAGCUCUUCAUCAGAAUAAUAUGAAUAUUCAGGAGUUUUAUUCUGCUAUGACAGAUCUUUGGGAUCAAUUGGCCCUUACAGAAUCGACAGAAUUAAAGGCAUGUGCUGCCUAUAUUACUCAUAGAGAGCAGCAACGGUUGGUACAAUUUUUAACGGCACUUCGCAGUGAUUUUGAAGGACUCAGAGGUUCAAUUUUGCAUCGUUCUCUACUUCUAUCUGUUGACUCAGUUGUCAGCGAGUUAUUGGCUGAAGAAAUACGUCUUAAGUCUUAUGCUGAAAAUGGAAUUAUUUCUGCUUCUAAGCUUUCUGUAUUAGCAGUGUCUUCUAAGCCAUCCUCUAAUAAUCAAAAUAAGCCUUACACAAGGGUUGCCUUUGACAAGUGCAGUUUCUGUAAGCAUAAAGGUCAUUGGAAGGCUCAGUGUCCUAAGUUGAGACAGUCAAAUCAAUUACAGCAGCAAUCUCAAGCUUGGAAGCCUGGAAACCAAUCACGAUCUAAUGCUCAUAGACCACCACAAUCUAAUACUGCACAGUAG